AUGGAGGAAGGUCGCGCGGCGUCCACCGCUGCCGCCCGGUCGUCCCGCUCCGACGCGCCAAAGGCGGUUGAAGAGCUCGUGUCCAAAAAUCUAGAGGAGAUAUCGCAGUUCUGGAGAUGCCUCGAAAGGGAAGGACUGGAGACGCAGCGAAGAUGCAAGAAAGUCGACUCGCAGGAUCUCCUCCUGCAAUUCCUCCACCAGAUGCCGUCCGCGUCGUCGACUGCCGUGGACGAGGGAGGACAGGCGAGCGCUACCCCGCUGCCGGUACCGCUCGCUCCCUUUCCCCGACACCCGGGCACAGGCUCAGCGGCUGACGCCAAGGCCGAGGCGGCGAAAGAUGCAGAAGUCGGCAAAGAGAGGCAAUCCCCCGGAACGGAGACACCGCCAGCAGAGGCCGAGGCCAUGAAGAAUGCCGGAGAGCCUCACUGGAUCCCCGGAUGGAUUCCUCUCCUCCAGGACGCGCUGGGGAACUGGAGCGGAGACGCGAACGCCCCUCCGGAGUCUCCUACCGCUCCGUCGUCUCCGCCCUGCCGCAUCGAGGAGGCUUCCGCGGCGCUCGCUGCGCAGCACUAUCAGUUGGUUUUCUCGACUGUCAUGCUCCGCGACUCCUCCUGGUUAGCCUCGGCGAUCGACAUGAUUGCAGAGGCUGUCUCGCUUCUCCCCGACGGCCUUCUGGCCAAGGCGGUCGAGGACGAAAGGCGGAAAAGGAUCGGUGCAUCGCCUGGCGACGCGUCCCGUCCCGCCCUCGCGCCGAAGACCGAGGCGUCUCCUCCGGGUCGGUCCAAAGCGGGGAAGAAGGCCCACGGCACCGGAGGCGACGGCAGACGCGCCGAAGAAGAAGAAAAGGAGGAAGCAAAAGUCGAGGCCCUCGGCCGACUCAUCGAGACCGAGUGUCUGAUGAUUAUGGACGAUUACUUUGUAAACCACUUCGAAGCGAGACUGAAGGCAGACAAUGUGUCUUCCCCGGUUCCUCCUCUGGCCCUCGCAUCUGCGCGGAAAUCGGCGUCUCCUGCGAACCCCUCCGCCUCUCCUUCCUCCGCCUCUCCUUCCUCCGCCUCGUCCUCUCCGUCGGUGGUAGUGACGACUGGCAUCGCAGCCCUCCCCGCAAGCAAAGAGAAGCGGCUGUUCCGCGCAGUCGCCCACCUGUACCUUUUGGGCGUUCUCUGUUCCUCUGAGCACUGCGUGGCGAUCUCUCGCUCGCUGAAUUCGCACCCACGCCUUCUUCGCUCGCUUCCUCCCCUUCUUCUCCUCUGCGCAAAGCGCGGCGGAUUCCUCGCUGCAGCGGUCUGCCGCGCGCUCCUCCACUUUGCGGCCACAGGCAGCGGCCGCCCCGAGAGGCACGCGGCAGAGACGCGCCGCUCAGGGACGGAGACACCGCCGGCUGGCGAAGCGGCAAACCGGGAGGAAGCAACGGCGAGCGAGAAGACGCACCAGGAAGCGAGAGUGGGCCAGGAGGCAGCCGUCGGCUCGGCUUGCGAAGAGGCAGGUUCCGGCGCUCCAUCAGGGUCGUGUGCAGCUUCUGACGGGGCAAAACAGCUAGGAAACGGUGCGGAAUCCGCGGAAACGCAAGGCGAGGCGAAAGGUGAAGGCGCGAACGGUGAAACGCAAAGGAAGGACUUGAUAGAUUUGUACGGCGACACAAUCAUCACGUUUUUGCAUCUGUGUUUGCGGGAGCAAGCGGUCGAUCCUCGAGGCAUCAACGCCCUAGGGUUCUUCUUCCUCGCUCCCGCAGUUCCACUCCUUUUGCAAACAGUGAGGCUCCGAGAACGAAUCAUGGCGCCAGGAGAAAAAGGCAACCGCCACCAGCAAGUCCUCGGAUGGUACCUCGAAGUGCUUCUCAAAGCGCUGACCGACCCGCAGUUUCGCAUAUUGGCCUCGGGCAAUCUCCAGCUUGCGCGCUACGUGUGCGAAGUUGUCCUGGAGCUGGCGGCUUCCGCGGAAGGCUGUACCCUUUUGCAGAGCGAACACGCAGCGUGGGAGUUGAUCAUGACCAAGAGCAUCCGCGGGAAUGAACCCGUCGACCGGGAACAGAUCGCGACACUCUGCAUGUGGGGCACCAGCAGCUCAGAAGGAGGCUGCGCGUACUGCCUCCGGUCGGACAACACCAUCCGCUUCCUGCGGCUCUUCCAGUCGCCGCAUGCGGAGGACGUGCCGCUCUCGCCCGAGGCGCAGGCGGAGGCGAAUCACCUGAAGCAGUUGCACCAGGAACUGCAGAGGGACUUGGCGGACGCAGAGAAGGGUGUAGCUCUGAGGAAGCGGCGACAGCGCGAGGCGCGGGCGCAGGGGGCGGCGCGGACUGACGGCGGCCAAGAAGACGUGGCGGAACACGACGCGGGGCGAGAGAUGCGCCUGGCCCUCUCGCCGUAUCUCCAGCGCGCGCGGCAGGAGCUGGAGAAGCGACGCGCGGCGCGGAAGAAGCGGGCUGACGAAGCGGAGAGGGAACGGGAGAAGUUGCGCCGCGAGCAAAGCGAGAAAAAGGCUUGGGACGCAGAGCCGCUCACGAGCCGACGGAACGAGAUCGCUCGGCUCUGGCAGGCGGCGCGCGACAGCGUGAGGGAGCGCGACGGAGCGGAUGCCGCCCAGGCGGGCGAAAAGGUCGACGAGGCGAGGGGCGACUCGGCUGGCAGAGCUCUCGACUUGUCCCCCGCUCUCGUGUGCGCUCUGGCGUGCGUCGGUGUCCAGGCGCCGUGGCUGAUGCGCGCCGUUCAACUCGGCUGCGCGAGAUCCCACCGCGAAGGGACCGGGACGCCGCACGCCCAGACACUGGACGGCAUGAGCCGGAAGAAGGGGAGUCGAGGGAAGGGAGACUCCGUGAGAUCCAAGGCCAGUCAGAAGAAACAGAAAGAGAAGACCGGCCGCGGACAAGGCGACGGAGACGCGGAGCCUGGCGAGCCCCCGUCUCCGAGGUCUGGCGACGUGGUUGGCAGCUCGACCGGCGAGGCAGCGGCGGAGCGCGGUCGAGAAGGGAACGCGCUGGAAGCCGAGGAGACAAAAGCGACUCGCGAAGGCGGAGAUGGCGCGCGCGUCACGCGUCAGCCUGCUGCCGCUGCCCCGCAGCCGACUGAGGAUGUUCCCGCACGCUCUCGAAACGCGACAGACGCCGGCAAAGCCGAGACUUCCCGGUCUUCGUCGCCGUCUCCAACGUCUGUCUCUUCGCUUCCAACUGCGCCUUCGCCGUCUGCGCCGGUUCUCUCGCAGCCCUCACCCUCGUCUGCCGGUGCCCCGUCGCCCUCGGGCUCCGUCUCGCCCUCGUCUGCCGGUGCCCCGUCGCCCUCGGGCUCCGCCUCGCCCUCGGAUGGCGGCCUGCAUGCGCGCAGAGACGCGGGGGGGGCGAGCCUCGGCGGUUCCCAAGACGCGAAGCUCGUCCUCACGCCCUGUCCCGCGUGCGGCUUGGUGGAGUAUUGCUGCGAGGAGUGUCGCGUCAAGGACUUGCCUCUGCAUCUCUUCAUCUGCACGGCGGCGAACCCGACUGCCGGCGCGUGA